AAAUUACAUCAGUCUAUGUGAAUCGGAAAAUUUAAGAAAGUGCCAUUUAGACACGUGAUUAAUUUGAAUUCCCGCGGCAAUAUGGUCUAGCAUGUACGUCUGACGCGAUUGACCAAUAACAGUAAAAUAGCGGGAUGAGACGACCUGGUAUCUAAUGACCUUGGUCUAUGAUGUUAAUGUUUUGUUUUUUUACUUGAGAAUUGUGGCGAAAGCAAGUUCAGUGGACACGUAUUCACGUUUGUGUGAAAUUCAGAAUGGAAUUUUUGUACAGAGUACCAUUCUACGUAUUGGAAGUUCCAAACCUGAAAAUAAAACGUCCGUCAUGGUUUCAACAACCAUCUGCAAUGGUGAUGUUUGCUUUCGUUUUACUGUCAUACUUCCUUGUUACUGGAGGUGUUAUCUACGACGUGAUAGUGGAACCACCGAGUGUAGGCUCCACAACUGACGAGCACGGACACUCGCGGCCGGUGGCGUUCAUGCCGUACCGAGUGAACGGCCAGUACAUCAUGGAGGGCCUGGCCUCCAGCUUCCUGUUCACCAUGGGCGGGCUGGGCUUCGUGGUGCUGGACCACACGCACAGUCCCUCCACGCCCAAGCUCAACCGCAUCCUGCUCAUCUGCGUGGGCUUCCUGUGCAUCAUCGUGUCCUUCGUCACCUGCUGGAUCUUCAUGCGCAUGAAGCUGCCAGGUUACCUGCAAUCCUAGUGAAGUACACAACUGAUGAACUGGGGAAGAAGAUUAAGAAGUGUCCUGUUCUUAAAGUGUUCUUACUUUUAUAAAGUAAUGAGAAGUUAAUAAACAAAUUUUGCCAGCAUUGUAA